CACUUUGCAUCCUCGCCUCCUGCCACCCCUGGGCUCCCUCUUGGGCGCGCUCCCUCUUUCCAUACCUUUCCGACGCAGCGCCCUACAGCGGAGCCCGUAGCAAUCACGGCCCCGCGUCGCACGCCGGCUGCGCGGUUUCCGCCGCCCCUGCGAACCUCGGCUCAAAGCCCGUCCGUCGCCUCGUCCGCGAGGACACGCUUGCUGCGACGGGCGCCUCCCGAUCGCGCGCUGUGCUGCCUCUUCCUCCUGCGGAGCCCACGUCACCUCUUCGCCUCCGAGCCUGGAAGAAACAAUAUGCUUCGUCGUUGACGGACACUCCUACUCGCCUCUCUCCGCACGCAAGUUUUCUCCUUCGCGUUCCUGCUACUUCGUGAUACACAACUUGCGACAAAAUAUUCCUGCGCAUUUGGCUUCCGCUUGACUCUAUAUCUCACCCGUCGAAACUUGAGAGCAUAGUGUUUCUUUUUUUUUUUUUACGGGCAUAAGUUUCCGGCCCGCGUUGCGGCAUUGUUCUUCGAAAGGGUGGCUGAGGCAUCUUAAGUUGCUUACUUUCGACUUCCUGGUUAGGUCAGCAUUUCCCGCGCCUAGAGUUGUUUGUCCUUAAGCUUAACCGGUGGGUAUAUGAAGGCUUGAAUAUAAGACCGAGCAAGUAAUAUUCGUAAAUAUUUUUUUUCAAAAGCCUGCCUUCAGCAUCUUGUAGUUUGGAAGCCAAAAAGGAUAGUCCGCACAGGGACCAAAAUGUCGCGCGAGUUUGAAGCAAAGAUACGUAACCAAAGCUGUGUUAUAUAAAUAUGGGGUUCGGCUUCGACGACGAGUUUAUUCUUGGAGAUCCAGGGGAUUUCGCUACGUAGAAAAAGAAGAAAGAAAAGAAAACGCCCAAGUCCUCAAGUUCAAGUCAUCGAGAGUGCAGUGGUCGUUGGAUUGUACGUUUCCGAGCUCGAAAGCGACAUCGCAGUGCACUCGGCGAUAGAGGAGGAGAAGGAGCACCCGCAUCCGACGCAGUGAUUGAAAGGGGUACGGAGAAGGAGACGUGGCGGCGAAAAGUUUGCGGAGGACAAUGUCAAGCAAGUUGUCUUCUUUGUCAGAGGCGAUUGCCUCGCCGCGAGAACCCGUAGUCUUCGUGUUGCAGAGAUGGUCGAUGUUGGGCGUCGAGACUUAAAAGCAGGAGCUGCCGUUGCAACACCCCCCACCACCAGCACCACCACCACCACCAUGUCCCGAUGGGGAUUGAUUAGAGCAGCCGUCGUAUACGUGUGCUUGUGGACCGUCUCCCUGCUCUCCACGAACCUCGUGGCCGAGGCGGACGAGACAUGGUUGUCGCCGGGCCGCGAGAACGACUCCUCGUCGCCGCCACUGAGCCACGAGAAGCGGCUCAUGGACUCGCUGCUGCGCCACUACGACGCCAGCGUGCGGCCCGUCAAAAACUCCUCGGAGCCUGUCAUCAUCCGUUUGGGCAUCACGCUCACGCAGAUCUUCGACCUGGACGAGAAGAAUCAAGUCCUUACAACCAUCGUUUGGCUCGACCAGGAGUGGUUCGACGAGUACCUCGUCUGGGACCCGUUGGAGUUUGGGAACUUCAGCAACCUCAGGCUGCCCUGCCAGAAGAUUUGGCUGCCAGACAUCGUUCUCUACAACAAUGCGGACGACUACACGCGGGGCUACUUCCAGACACGCGCCAUGAUCGACCCCCAGGGCCGAGUGUUCUGGCCGCCACCCACCAAGUUUCGCAGCACCUGCCCAGUGGACGUGACGUACUUCCCUUUUGACGACCAGGUGUGCACAAUGAAGUUCGGUUCUUGGAUUUACGACGGGCUUCAGGUUGACAUCCAGAACCGCACGUCCGAGGUCGACCUGGUCAACUACAUGCCCAACGGCGAGUGGGAGCUGCUUGAGGCGCGAAUGGUGCGCAACGUGGUGUACUACCCGUGCUGUCCGGACCAGCCCUUCCCGGACAUCACGGUGGUCCUGGUUAUCAGGCGCAAGACGCUCUACUACAUGUACAACGUGGUCAUGCCCUGCAUCAUGAUGUCCGUACUCACCCUGCUCGUCUUCUGUCUACCGCCGGACUCGGGCGAGAAGAUCGCACUCGGCGUCACAGUGCUGCUCGCAUUCUCCGUGUUCAUGCUGGCCAUAGCGGAGAAGAUGCCCGAGACCUCAGAGUCCAUACCCUUGCUAGGCAUCUACCUCACGGCCGUGAUGGCCAUCACAUCCAUCUCGGUCGUGAUGACAGUGAUCGUGCUCAACUUCCACUACCGUGGUCCCAGCCGCAAGGAAGUGCCCACGUGGCUCCGCCGUCUCCUGCUCGACCGAUCUUCCGCCGGUCGCGGGUGGUUCUCGAGACCGGCGCGCCGCAAGACCGUCGGCGACAACCACGUCCACUUCUACGACUUGCCGUCGCGCACAGCGGCUGCCAAGGACCGCUCCGACGACGACGGCGACGGCGGACGCCGGACGGCCGACGACACCUUCCGGCUCAUGGUCGACAGCGCCGCGAUCGGCGGCGAGUACGCCGAGCACUCGGCGAGCAACGAGUCGCCGAGCCCUGUCAUCCACGGCGACGCGGCCCGAAACAACGCCUCUGCAACAGCCAGGCACCGCCGGUGUCGCAGCGGCACAGGUGGUGGUGGCGGAUCCACGAAGCGCGUCCAGGAAGAAGUGCUGCGAACUUUGCGGUACCUACUGGAGAAGCAACAGCGCGAGGAGCAUCUCACCCGGACUGUAAAUGAGUGGCGACAGAUAGCGCUCGUGAUAGACCGCACGCUCUUCUGGUUCUUCCUGAUCAUCACAGCCGCCUCCUCCAUCUGCUUCCUUGUUGUCAUACCGAUGCAGAGGCGGGGACUGUGACUGUGACUUCAGCAGAGUUGUCUGCAAGUUUGUCGUGUGAUGACGUGCUGAAAGAGAGUGACGGGAGUGAGAAGAGAGAAAAAUCUAUAUGUGUGUUACCGUUUUGGCUAUCUGGGCGGCCUUCACGAGGCCUGAAUUUUUGGUUUGCGAGUCGCAGUGGGUGUUAAAACGAAGCCGUGACCGAGCUGCGGCUUUGGCCUCUUCCACGAGUAAACGCUGGAGGGCAUCAGCGUUACCUUAUUGUAAAUAUACAUUCCUACGAGCUCACGAGUAAGAUAAUUAAAAUAAAUCUAACCACCCAGUUCGGUCGUACACAUCUCAGGAUUUGCACGGGUGUCUUACGAUCACUUUUAGCGUUUCAAAUGCAGUAACAGCCUAAUGAGGAAAAUUAAUUAAUUAAUUAUUAAUUAAUUUACAUCUGCCUGUGUCUGACAGACAAGAAAUGUUAAUUGUCAAGGAGACCAAACGUACGCAAGAUUGCUACUCUUUCCCAGUUUCAUUGCGUAAUAUCUACAUUAACGUGAGUUCCGAACACUGUGCUUUAACACAAUCAAAAGUAGCUAUGUUUUUCGUCAAGACGGUAACACAUGCAACCUUUUCAAUGUAUAAAAACGUUGCUCGCCGGAUCAUUUACGAAUAGCUUGCUUGUUAAAAAUGUCUCAUUUGUACCAAGUGGGCUGCAUUUUCGCAACCACAAUCAACGUAAAUGAAACGACCGGCAGACAAAGUGCUGUGAGAGUGCUUGAACGCUCCAAUGCAGGGACUACAGAGAUGUGACCUUUCUCUUCACUUGCUUAUCUGUUCUUCCAAACCUAAGCGAACGUUAUAUCUCCUUCACAAUACGCUAUGCUCUUUAUUUGUUAAGAAGCUUAUGCUUGUUGUUAGUGAGCUGUACCGCCACGUACAAAUCUUUUUGGAAAAGAACUUAGAGAGAUGUGCUCGAGAGACAAAAAUUAAAUGCAGCCAACUGCACUUAGUUACCGAAUCGCUACCAUGGUGCUUUUGAUAUUUAAAGAGGCUAACUUUGCCCCAACCGUCCCCAAGACAAGUGUCGCACGAUAACCCUCAGGAACUUGGUGGUCAUAUCUUAAAAACAAAAACAUCGUAUCAUACGGCGCCAUACACUACACAAGUUACAUAGACGUGUCAGAGUACGUAGGCAAGAAUCCCGGUUUUAUCCUUAGCAAUAAGUGGUAUUGUUAUAUUGUUCGUUUCAGGUAACUUCUGUUUAGGCAUGUGCAUGAAAUUUCAACGCCAAUUGACUCCACCCCUCUUCCCCGUCCCUUAUGUUAGCUUCACUGUCAACAAUGAUCUAGCAACAAAUCUUAUACGAAUAAAGUAUAGGUGUAUCACAGGCAUACAAGUACGUGCCACAAUACACGUACCAGUUUUCUGUGAAUGUGAUAAAGCACACAUUUCACUGAGUUGACCACCAAACGAAGAUUUUUUUUUCACGCGAACAGAUUACAGCGCUAAUAAACAGCUAUUAUUAAGCUUUAGCGUUUUGCAUCUCCUCACUGGACGGUAGCGAUGCGAAAGCGCAUGAAUCUUCACAGAAUUGCUCAGAAUCAUCCUAGCGCGCGUUUGCUCAGUAGUACGUUAUUAUUAGUACUUCCGCUGUAAAUAUAUGUUGUGCUAGCGAGUUGCUGUCCAUGACUUGCUGCUGUGGUAGUGAUUUUAUACAUCCAUCGUGCAAUUGUGUGGUUUGUUGCAAGCACAUGGGUGAUAAAAGAUACUACUACAGCGACCAACAGUGUCUGUGUUUCUCUUCGUUGUUGUUGUUGUUGAUGAUGAUUAUUAUAAGCGGUCGAUGACGUAGAAAAGUCAUAAGAAGCGAUAAGGCAUCUUUACAUCGAGAAUACCAGCAAAACAGAAACGAAGCGUGCACGGAGCAACUGCGACCAAUCCACGACGUUGACUUUUUGUGACUUGGUGCUUGAGGGCUCAGCUUAGGAAAACCAGAAAUUUUAACGCUUAUACGUAGCCUCGUGCACUGCAAUCCCCACCUAUGAAGCAUGCGUCUAGCAGAAACUAUUGUUAUCUUUCUAGCUGGUCAUCGCUUGUUGUGGAGCCUCCUUAAGUUCACUUAUAUGCACCUACAGCCGUUCGUCUAACGCUCCAGUCAUAUCACUGCUCAGACCGACAUGCGGACGAGGGCCUGAGCAGCGGUCUGACUUGAGCGCACGAAUUUAUGUUCUCGCACAGCACAAUUAGCUGCUUAAGCUUCUUUGUCAAAUUUCAAUGUGGCGCUUGUGUUAGCCGGAGUAGGAAAUUUUGUUGCCUCCAUGCACGCGUGCUGCAUUAACCUUACUUGUGCUUUUUUGACUACGAAAUAUU